CCAUCACUCGGCGCCAGUUUAUCUGUGUCAAAUUAAAAGUCCUCUCAGGAGACGUCCAGUUGAAAUAAUUAACGGUUCGUUAAUGUCGGUUACCUUUCUUCUAAUUUCGCGAAGGAAUAACAGAAUAAGCAGUUUGCACGGUCGGCUGUCUGUGGUGAUAACUUUCCCGUUGUGUUAUUGACUUGUUUAUAUCGCAGCGCUGUCGAAAGAAGAAGGAAUAACCUACAUUUUUCACCCUGAUGUCACCGCCGCCGACGCGCCUGAACGGGGGGGACCUCCGCGGGUGAAUUUCCUUUCCUUUCUGAGCUGUAAUCAGCCAGGUAAGCUACAGACAGAUGGAUGCAUGGCUGAGGCUGGAUGGAUGCUGGCUGCUUACUUGUCGAGUGGGAGAUUCUCAGUGUCUCAUAUAUCACCGCUGCACCUCAUCCUGCUCUCUCCCUUCUCCAUCGCGGUUGGUUUCCUGCAGCCCUGUGAGCGGAUGAAUGCAAAAGUCUGUGAUUUUAACGCCGCCAAAAGGACUCCAUGUCUUUCUUGGACUGUUCCUGCAUAUCCCACGCUCAGGUCCAGCCCAUGGACAUAGAAGAGCGCUAUGAGGACACCAGCCACCAGUUCCUGAGUUGUGACGGUUCUGAAUACACUCUGCAAGGACCAGCUGGUGGCGAUGACCUCACAGGCCUUUCAGCUGAGCCGGCCCACUACCAGCUACUGUCUGAGCUGGGGAGGGGCUUCAACAAUCUGAGCCAGGUGAACAUGGCGCGCUACAUUCCAACCGGUCAGCUGGUGGCCGUCAAACAAACCAACCUGGACGAGUGCACAGAGGAGGAGCUGCUGCAGCUCAUGAACGAGGUUCUGCUGUCCCGACUCUUUCGUCACUCAAACCUGCUGACCUCUCGCCUCGUCUUCAGCUCCUGCUGCCAGCUGUGGGUCCUGACACCUCUCAUGGCCUAUGGCUCUGCAGACACCUUACUGAGAACAUACUUCCCAGAUGGAAUGAGUGAAUCCCUGAUAUCGUAUCUGCUGUACGGUGUGCUAAAAGCAUUGGAAUACCUGCAUCGGAUGGGCUACGUCCACAGGGGAGUGAAGGCCAGUCAUAUCCUGCUGUCAGGAGAAGGGCAUGUCUACCUUUCAGGACUCCACAGUGUUUACAGUAUGAUGCGGGAUGGGAAGAGAAUGAGGGCGGUGUUUGACAUGCCGCAUCACAGCCCGGCUCUGCUGCCGUGGCUCAGCCCGGAACUGCUGCGACAGGACCUGCACGGAUACGGAGUGAAGUCGGACAUCUACAGUUUAGGUAUCGUAGCCUGUGAGCUGGUCAGCGGCAGGGUGCCUUUCCAGGACAUGCCACCCACCCAGAUGCUUCUUCAGAAGCUGCGCGGCUCCCACUGCUGCCUGCUGGACGUGGCUCCCUUCCCGUUGGGGGAGCUGGGGGGGCUGAAGGUGUCGCGAUCCGGCGUGGACUCUGGCAUUGGGGAGAGCGUAGCCACUGGGAGCCUGACGCACAGCGCCACCGCUCCACCCACAGAGCGACCUCAGAGCCCCGGACCCAAGAACCACUCGGCCACUCUGCACAACCUGGUCCAGCUGUGUCUGCAGCAGCAUCCCGAGUGCAGACCGUCAGCGUCUGAACUGUUGAGCCACGCCUUCUUCAAGCAGGUGAAGAGGCACACCAGAGACUCCUUCCUCAGCCUAAUGUACCCAGCAGUGCCCCUCACAAGCCCAGAGGACCCCCCAGUAUCCAGCCCCCCCACCCCUUCCUGCCACACUCCAUCAUCAGCCACCACCGACACCGCCGAGGGGGCGGAGACUACGUGGGACUUCUCGUAACUCCUCCACCUCUAAACAUGAGACAAUCAAAGAAAAGCAAUGAGGCCAAACUCAACUGUGCUUUUGUUUUUUUGUUUUUUUUUACCAUUAUUAUUAUUAUUAUUUUUAUUAGCAAUUUUAAUCCAAAUCUCUGAGCCUUAAAA